GAUAGGGCAAAGCAGCGCCCCGUGUCGUGGCGAGAGCCACGGACGAGAGGAUAUAUACGGUAGUGCGACUUUCCGUUCUGGUCGUGCGUAUGCUCCGUCCGUGGAACCGAGUAAGACAGUACGCCAUAUUCCCACGGUGGUCGGUGGCGUGACAGAGACAACGAUAGGCGGCCGGACGGAUGACAGAAAUGCACGACCGGGUAAACGCGAACGUCAUCGACAGACGCGGCCAGCAUCAGCGGUGGCGAAAUCGCGUGGUUCGCGCGUAAUUUGGGGCGUGUGCCAUUCGCCGUGGAUCGCGGCUCUCGCUUCGUCUGUCCCAACAUUCCUCUCUCUCUCUUCCCCUCCCCCCCUCCUUGAGUGAUACUGUUCUCGGUAGGCCCGUGUACACUAGCAACGUGUAAUGUACUCGUGUACCGUGAAAAUUGCGGAUGAGGGCGACGAUGCGCCAGCGACGGCGCGCAUCACCGUCCCGUGACACGGCGACGUCGUGCGCUGCCUGUGUGUACGCCCGCGUCCGCGGCUGCUGAAACGGUCUGUCGGGAGCCAAAGGCAGAGAGGGACGGAUGGACAGCCAAUCAGUCGGUUAGUCAGCCGGUCGAUCGGUCCGUCAUCUAGCUAGGUAGACGAGAGCAAGGCAGAAACGAGCAGGUAGACAGGUCGGUGCGGCCAUUUUUACACCGCAAGAUGCGGCAACCGUGCGUGCCCGUUCGAUCCGCCAUUCCAAACAAUCGGUGCGCUACGUGCCCUCCUCGCGGGAUGCGUCCGACGGCGGCGAGUCGCGGUGCUGGCACCGCCGUGCUGCGACGACAACGAUAAAGGCGCCGCGGCCGCGCUGCGCCAACCAACCAACCAGCCAGCCAAUCGGUCAGUCAGUCAGUCAGUCGGACGGACGGACGGACGGACGGACGCACGAGGAGACACGCUGCUGUUGCCCGCAGACGUAAGGCGGUGCGCGAGACGUGACGUCGCGAGGACGGGAGGACGACGGCCAGCGGCCGCCGGUAGUAGUAGUGGUGGCAGUAGGUGUGCUGAACGGCGGUGGACGACGACGUCGUCGUCUCGCGGACGAACGACGACGGUGGCGAGGAGGAAACGGUGGAGGCGACGCGGCGGGGCAGGAGGAGACGGCGGAGAAGAAGAGGAGGAAGAAGAGGGAAGAAGAGAAACGUGAUCGCGGUGGCGCGAUAACGCGACGAGGAGGAGAUGAUAACGGCGCGUAGUCCCGCGGCUACGAGGAGGGCGAGAACGGAAAGUGGAAACGGCAGCCCCGCUGCGGUGUGAUCGAGUUGCACCGCUCACAUCAGCCGUGCGUGCUUCUCGUGCGGGAGGCUCUGCGGUUCGCAGUGAUUCAAAACGAGGAUAGGCUAGGCCGUGGUGCGUAAAUCCGCGGGUGCUGGUGCGCCCGUGCGGAUGAUAAUAACCGUUGGUGUGUCGAGCGCAUCUGGUCUCUACUCUCCGGGAGUUGGCACCAGAGAGUAGCUCCUCCGAUUUCUACGUACGCGCUCUCGGUGUGCUAAAGUGUGCUCGCUCAACGCGGCGCGUUCCGUUCUCAGUGUGUGCAUUUGUGUACGUGCUCUCUCUCUCUCUCUCUCUCUCUCUCUCUCGCUCGCUCGCUCGCUCGCUCUUGCCCGCUUGACUCGCGCGCGGUCUCUCCGUCUCCCUCCCUGCCUGUCUGCCUCUUCAUCUCUCUCUCGUAUCUGUCCGCCCUGCGUGCGUGUUUCUCGCGUGCCUCCUCGCCACACGCACCCGGACUACUCUCUCCUCAUCCUCGACCACCGCGCGAUCGAUGUGACAUCGUGCCGUGCCGCGUCGUGAGCAGUGUGCUCGGCUCUUGUGUGCUCGCCUCGCGGUAUCGCGGAUACGCAUCGCACCGCGAGCGACAGGACUCGUUUGACGAGCCGCCGCGCCAAGGGACACCGAGGCUCCCGGCGUUUACGCGCGUACAAGCGAGUACGCGGCGACGGUGCGUGCGUGCAUGCGUUGCCGACGGCAACGUCUCUCUCGUGAGUGCGCGUAUCCCGAGGCAGUUGUGUGGCGCGCUCCUCUCUCUUUCUCUCCUCCCUGCCCUGUCCCUUCUACCUCGUCUCUCCCUACCAUCGUCCUCUCUCCCCGCCAGUGCCCUGCGCCCCUUCGCCCAUCGUCUUCCUUUCUUUCCCUCCGUCCUUUUCCCGGUUCUCUCUCUCGCGCCCUCCCUUUCCCUUCCUCACUUUUCUUUCUCUCGUUCCUCCCUCCUCCGUCCCGCUUCCCAUCGGUCGAGACGACCGUAGAAUGCACGACGAGGCUGCCACAGUCGUCGUCGCUGUCAUCUGUUCCCGCAUUCCCUCCAUCAUUGUCGUGCUCGUCGGCUCCGUCGUCGCUCUCGUCCGUGCCAACGUACGUCUACGUUGACCGGCUUGUUGAAGAGGACAUCGCGCGCCGCGGGUGAUAACGCGCUGCUAGCCUAUCUAGUGGACCUCUUUUAGUGAGUUCAGUGCCGUGGUGAUCGCGCGAACGUCAUGGAGAUCGAAGCGAAGCAGCGUAGCCAGAAGACUCGCCGACGGGAGCGGGCGCAGCGCAUGCUGGCGCAGAGGGAGAGCCUGGCCACCGCGAAGCAGCAGCAACAGCAGCAGCAGCAGCAACAGUCGCAGCAAUCGCGGCAACGGCCGCCGAACGACGAGGAGGACAGUCACAGCGGCGAGGACGAGGACCCCGCCGGCGGCGGCGGCGGUCUCGGCCUCGGACUCGGACUCGGUGCCAAGACCGGUCAUCCGCGGGACGGCCACUCGCGGCCGCCCAGGCCGCCACGACCCUCCAGGCACCGCAAGAAGUCUUCUCUCGCGGCCGCUAACCAGAAGGAGCCACCCUUCGAGGAGGACAUUAUCGAUGGAUUCGCCAUCCUCGCCUUCCGCACGUACGACGACCUCGAGAGUGCAAUAAAAUUAGCUGGUAAAAAUAAUGUCAAGAAACUGCACACGUUGCUGUCAAUAGUGGAGGAGAAGCCAAAAGUGGACACAGGGCAGAAUAACAGGCACAACGAGCAUCACAUCAAAAACAAUUUCAAGCACAACCAUUACACACAUAAUUCCAUACUGACACCCUCGACGCUAAACCAGGGCCUAGAUGCAGGUACAAGUGACGAUAGUGGUAGAGCGUCUGAACAAUUACACGGCCCUGGUAUACCUAGGGAUUGCCAGGACGCAGACAGUUCCAGGGACCAUCUCAGCGAUGCUAGCAGUCAUUGCAGUUCGGGUAAAGGUUAUAUCUGUGAUAGUGAAGGAGAAGACGAUAAGGGCUCGGAUGCCGAAUCGAUACUCUUUGAAUCUUCUACCCCACCACCUCUUACACGUAAAUACGAGUUGCCGUCUUCUUCGCCACACGUUUUGCCACCCGCAAACGGAGCAGGCGGAUCUCCACCGGACACGGGUGGGCAAAUUUCUAAUCCAGCAACGGAUGCUCCGGCACCUAUACCGCCUCCUGUGUCUGCAUCUGCACCAACAGCGCCGAGUCCUCCCAGCCCCACGUUGCCCCCACACAUAUCCCAGCCUCCUAUGACUAGUCCUCUGGCAGCGAAUCCACGUGCAAUAGCUCCGCAACAGCGGCCAGCUUCCCCCGCUCUGCCACCACCCUCCCUUUCCCAGCAGCCGCACACCACAAUACCUGCAUUGCAUCCACCUAACGUACCCCUCGUCUCGUCGAGCCACACAACUAGUCCAGCGGUAGCCAGCUUGGGUGUCACCCCGGCGGCACCAUCGAACGGAGCGGCUACCACGAGCUAUCCGCCACCCAUUCCCAUCGCCGCGUAUCCACAGACACAGCCGUCGUAUCCGCCGCUUUACACCCCGUACACCGCUUUAAAUCACAGCCCGUACCUCCCGCCUGCAGUACCAUCUCCUUCUCACUCGGCUUCAUCGCGCGCGGACGUGAGAGGGAGUAGAGCUUCCCCUUGCACCAAUAUAAACAAACAGACGAUAAGCAGUAAUCUUACAAGUCACAACACUAAUACCCCGCUGAGCGCCGCUACCACGACAUGCGUGUCCACCAUAACUAAUACAGUUACCACGGCGAAUUCUAUCGCUCAUAGAGACAUGGUGGCCUGCAGUCUGUCUGGACGAAACAAUAACUCACCGCGUGGACACAGCCCUAGUCGAGAAAGGGAUAGUUACAGCAGCAACGUGAGUAGUCUAAGCCGAGGCAGCAUAACGCCCGUUAGUGUGCCAAACACCUCCUCUCCAGCCAAUUCUAGUCUACCUGUGUAUACCAAGCCACAAGGUUGGAUCAGCAACACAGCUUCCCAGUUAUCUCCGGCGACAGCUACGUCCGUACCGAGGCCGACUCCACCACCGGUACCGCUCGGUAUACACACGUUCCCACCACCGAUGUUCGCGGCGCCGUUACCACCGCCCGUAUCCAGCUCGAGCCCGCACACUUCAUUGCCUUCGUUGCCUCCACCAACGACCAAUCCCAAUCCGUUUUCAGCGGAGUCUCUGUUCCAAACAAAAGGGGUGACGCAUGUUGCAGGUCAGGCAGAUCUCCUGAGAAGAGAGCUCGAUAGUAGGUUCUUAGCGUCUCAAGACAGAAAUGUUGGGGUUGGAGUGGGUCCACCGGCGUAUCUUCGUACGGAAAUGCAUCAUCACCAACAUCAGCACACGCAUGUACAUCAGCAUACGACGCCGUUAUUGCCACCUGCCGCGGCGACAACGCUCUUUCCACCUCCAAUUUUUAAGGACAUCCCGAAAUUGGGUGGUGUCGAAUCGCCAUUUUUUCGUGGAAACUUAAAUCUUUCUGGUUAUUCCGGCUUUAACACUGGUCUUCUUCAUCCCGGAAUUGGUCCGCCUUCGACACCCUUUGUGCCACCUAAUCAUCUACCUUCGUUUGCGCCAAAGAAAAGUGGAAAAUGGAAUGCGAUGCAUGUGCGCAUUGCGUGGGAAAUAUAUCAUCAUCAGCAGAAGCAGCAGGCUGAAGCUAAAGCGGGAAGUGUCGUCAGUACCAAAACUGAGUUACUAAGACCACCAGGCCAUCUUUAUCCAGGGGGACCAGGCAGUGGUCUUGGACUUGGUGCACCAUCAAUGGCACCUCCGUUUCCCACUAAUAUGCCACCUGCCCAUCCUGCACCACCUCCACCUCAUCCUGUCGGUUUUCUAUCUACACCAGCUUCACAUUUAGGUAAUAGAGGAACUGGCAUGUCUCCUUUCGGAAGGUAUCCUUCAACAUUCGGCGCGCCGAAUCCCAAUUUUCCGGGUCUUUCAACUUUUCCGCCAAGAGAGAUGCCACCUCUUGGCGGCCUCGGAUCAGUGCAUGAUCCGUGGCGAGGGUUGCAACGCGCCACCACUGGAUUUCCACCGACCACUGUUUCAUGGGGUUUGAAACCGGAACCUCCCGCGAUAGACAGACGUGCUGAAUUGGAGGAACGGGAGCGCGAGCGUGAACGUGAAAGAGAACGCGAACAGGCACGCGAACGCGAACGUGAACGCGAGCGCGUCAGACGCGAAAAGGAGAGGGAGAGGGAGGAGCAACGUGAGAGAGAAAGGCGAGAGCGCGAGAAGGAAGAGAAAAGGAAACAGCAGGAGGCGGCCGAACGAGAGCGAGAAAGACGGGACAAGGAGCGUCGCGAGAUGGAGAGACGCGAAAUGGAGCGCGAGAGGAUGCUUCAUCAGAAUCGACAGCACGUGGUUGUUCCCCGGGAUCGCUCGCCGCUCAGGAAUGGUUCGGCGCCUUUGGACAUCGGCGAGGUGCGCGUGAAGGAGGAACCGCGCAGCAAGGACGACGAGGUUGUAAUGCUUCCGCGGCCGCCAGUACCUGGUCCUGGAACAACUGGCUCUGCAGCAGGACCCGGAGCGAAUCCACUGCCUGAUCCGAGAUACCACCAUCCGCAUCCGCACACCUAUCUUACGAGGCAUCCGCAUGGUAUGCCAGCUUCGCAUUCCAUGCCGCGCAGCAUGCUUCCCAGUUUGAGCGCACACCCGAUGCAGCAUUUCCCACCGCCAUCCGCACCCGCCGGCCAACCGGGAGCACCCUGGUCGAGUGAUCCCUUCCGGGAUUAUCGGUACGACCCGUUGCAGCAGUUGCGAUAUAACCCGCUGAUGGCGGCUGCGGCGUUCCGAGCGGAGGAAGAGGAACGGGCGAAACUGUACGCCGGUUACCCUCCUCCACCGGUAAACAGCCUCAGGAGUAAGGAUCCUAGUCCAGGCCCGCUCAGCAACUUGCAUAUGCAUCAUAGAGCAGGACCUGGACCGGGAGUAUCCGCACGUCCGCUCGAGAAUGCCCUUAUGCAUGCGGAUAUUCACAAGAAGGAAGAUGGGUCGCAGUCCCGAUGAUACAUCGUCCCCGCGUCCUCGGUUUCUGCGAGCGAACGCAAUGAUAAACCGACGUUCUGAGUAGCCAAUAAUACUCGGAAUACGGUGCUGAUAUUUUGCUAACAAAGAAGAAGCGAUAUUUAAAGAAAGAAAGUGUGUGUGUGUAUGUAUAUAUAUAUAUGUAAUAUAUAUAUAUAUAUAGAUAUAUAUAAUAUUUAUAGUUAUCGAAAAAUGAAGAAUAUGAGAAAACGCAUAGGACUCCUACAAGAGAACGUAACGAAGAUGCCUUGAUAUUGACGUCGGUUUCUACUGAUAUUGACGGCUGCUAACGAUGAUUUCACGAGAUAACUACGGAGGCAUCGCUGAUGUGUCACAAAUGAUAACGCUGACAUUAUGUGAUUUCUGCAGUUUCGGUGAUCUGACUGUCUUUAGUAGUAACAAACCCUAACUAUUACGACGAUAACUAUGCGUACAGUUUAAAAAGUAUCGUGUGUAAUAUUAAUAGUUAUAGAAUGCGAGGCGAUGGCUACGUAACAAGGAAAAAAAAAACGAAUCCAAGUUAGGAGAAAGCGUUCAGCGGAUCUCUAUUAUUAUUCAAAAAUUAUUUAAUUAUUUAUUUAUUGCGACGUGUAAACGAAAAUGAAUCUCUACAUACUGGCGUAUGUGAAUGCGGACGAAAUAUUUGCCCUAAUUUAAUUGAUGUAAUAUAAAAAAAGAAGAUGUGUAAAUUUUACUUCUUAGAUUUUUAUUUGUGUGUAUAUUUUAGAGACGAUAGAACAAAAAGAGAGGGCAUACGAAAACAGUGUUCUUUGGCUUUCGGCAGCACGUGCUUCUUUCAUUUGCAUACUGGCUACGGUAAUACUCUGGUGCUUUCCUGUGAUAUACAAAAAAAAAAAGAAAAAAAGGUUCAGAAGUAAUAAAUUAUUAAUUUCACAUCGUAAUUCGCGACAACCAGAGUUGACAGAUGCAAAUAAAGAAAUCAAACUAUUCCCGAGGAAAUUAUAUCGAUCAGAUAUUUCGUUUCGGAAGGUACAGAAUGACGUUUAAUGUAAUGGCAGUUUGUCCGUGCCAAAGUGCUUCAAUCAAAGAAUAUUCAAAGCCUCUUUACGCGUUUACAAAAUACCGAAAAUUUUUAUUCUUCUCUUUUAAUUACGCUGUUGAUUUUUAUGAUAUUUUUAUGCUUCGUUCUUUUAUCCUUCAAUUUUUAACUCGGGUUAGAUUAAAUUAUUAUUCAAGUCGAAUUAUUAUCUCGCUUUUUCUUUCGAGCCAUGUACGUCGUGUUACCAGAGAGCCAAUUUGAGAUCUCUUAAAAGUUCUGUGCCAUGGACCAGGAUAAAUUCGAAUAUUCCUGGUGCCUCAAAUCGGAAAAAAAAAAUAUGGACUUCUCUAAAUAAUCGGAAUAAUUCUCAGACUCUGUUUCGUUUAUACUGUAAAACCAUAAAACUGUAUAUUAUAUCAUACAAUUAACGACUAUACACGCAGUUUAAAAAUUGUAGAUAUUUUUCAUCGAUGCAAAGUUACAAUGUGAUGCAAUGAUUUUUUUGUUCAUGUAGAUAUCGCGGAACAUAAAAGAGGAUUUUGUGUGAAUAGGUUUUUUCUAAAAUUGAUUCUUUGUAAAAGGAUCUAAUAAUCAUAGUUUCUAUCAA